GGGGGCAGCGGCCCCCUUUGGGUCAGUCUGCAUACACUAUGAUAAUAUCUGCUGAGAGCAGCUCUUCCAGUAGUAGAGAACACGUGGAGAUUUCACGGUAAGGCAGCGAGCGCCGGAUCCAGCUGCACUCUUAUCGCGCAAACAAGUCCUGACAGCCCGGGGGUUUAACCGGCCUGGCAGUCUGCAGCAUCGGGUUCGGUGCCAGCCGUUUGCACAAUGCACGGGUGCGGGGCCCAGGCCCAGGAGCAGACGGCACUCUGGCAGCCAAUCCUCUGCGUAUGAGACUCCCCCAGGGGCUGGGAACCCCGGCUCGCUGAACAAGCUCACAUUCCAACAGGGGCUGGAGCUGUGUCAGGACUGCUGGGGGAGGGGAGCCGUUUAUUGGGCUUUACUGCCUGCUUCCCCUAAACACACCUCUGGCUGAACCGAUGGAGUUUGUGACCCGGCCAGGCAGGCAGCGCAUCGGUGCAAUCUUCUUCACUUGAAUGGUAUCAGUAACCGAUAAAGAUGGACACAAAUGAGCCAAGCGUUGGGGCUCCUGUCCCCAAGAAGAAGAUCUCACUGGAGCCCCUGCCAUUACGAGCAGUCAUCCGGAUGACCAAGAAGAUCCGGACAAAAAAGAACGGCUGUGUUCAGUUGGAUCUGUCUGGAAGGAGGUCGGCAGACAGCCCUAAGACAUCCUUCCGAAGGCAAAACUCUGUGGAGAAACCGUCUUUUAAGUCUUCAAACUACGAAAAGCCUAACAUAUUUAAAUUUGAUACUCCCACAUUGGCAGAAGUCGCAUUAAACCACGAGCCACGGAGGCCAAAGCGUAAGCGUUCCAGACACGUCUUAUAUCCAGGCAACGCACGGAGAUACCUCCCAGUGGAGCAAAAGAGUAAAGCCAAGCGGUGCCUCCUUCUCUUCAUCUUCAUUGUUGGCUUUCAGAUCCUAAACGCUAUUGAGAAUUUGGACGAUAAUGUAUUAAAGUAUGACUUGGAUGGGCUGGAAAAAAACAUGAAGAGAGAGGUAUUUGGCCAACCAGUUGCCAUCGAGAAAACUAUCACCAUUCUGAAGGACUACUUGGCCACUCAUUACCAUAACAAACCGCUGGUGAUAUCCUUCAACGGGCCCAGUGGUGUCGGUAAGAGCCACAUGGGCAGAUUACUGGCCAAGCACUUCCGGUCGGUGAUGGACGAUGACUUCAUCCUACAGUACUACGUGCGGCACAAGUGCCCAAAGCACAGCGACGUUCCCGCAUGCAAAGCAGAGCUGUCUGGCGUAAUAUCGCACAUGAUCAGUCAGGCAGAGAUUGAGGAGAAGAUCCCAGUUUUUAUAUUUGAUGAAAUGGAGGCCAUGCCUCCGGUCCUUCUGGAUGUUUUACAAGGUUACUUUCAACUGAACCAAACCAACGAGUAUCUCAAUGCCGUGUACAUCCUAAUCAGCAGCUUGGGUGGUAAUGAAAUCACCAGGUACGUUUUGCAGAACGCUACCAACAUCGUCCACGACACAGAACGCGACCUUACAAACAUUGUGAGCUCCGUCCUUGGCGAGCACCAUCCGCUCUGGAAAGUCGCUGAAAUCGUUCCUUUCGUGCUGCUAGAAAAGAAACAUGUCGUCCAUUGCUUCCUGGAUGAACUUCUACAAGAAGGUUUCUACCCAGACACGAGCAAAGUAGAGAGUCUGGCGGGAGAAAUCAGUUACUACACUAAGGAGGGGACAGAGUAUUCGGUGACGGGGUGCAAACAGGUUGUAGGAAGGGUAAAUCUUCUGCACCCCCCACACACGAACACUGAGCCCAGAACGAUGUGACCGUGGGGUAAGUGGAUCUGUGUGAACGUGUAGUAACCGGUGUGUUAGCAGGACUGUCCACGAGCAGAGGCAGCACGCUUACCGCUAACACAACAUCAAAGGUGCGAGGAAACGGACUGGUUAAUUUAAAACAAUUUUCAUUACUUAGGAAAAGAUACAUUGUGACAAACUGGAGAGAACUGGUGACGGAUGGGCUCACAGUGCCAGCUUUCCUCCUGUGGGACCAACGCAGACUGCCACGGCGGCUUAUCCUGGCGGGAUCGUGUAGGAAGUGAAGUGGUCACCGCAGAGUGCCCCGAAUGCUCAGCUGCUCAGGUGUCUGACAGGGCAAAAGGGACUCGAUCCCAGUCUGGGGGUUGGAAGAAGCGAUCGCUGUCCGCUCGCGUGUUAACAGAGGUCACAUUUGUUACAGUCCUGCCCGUACUUGGGCAAUACAAAGAAUAAGAAAGGUUUGUGAAUGUGUUUCAUGCAGCUGCCACAUCCGUACAUUUUAUUAUUACCUCCCCUGGCGGCCAUAUUCACCCUGAUUAGUGUUACUAUGAGCCGGGAAUAAACACUAAAUUAUGGAUGAGCCUCGAGGAUCCUUGACAUGGUUCUUGUUUCCACACAAAGACAUGAAGCAGUGAAAAUCCCCCAGAAGCCCCGGAUUCCACGCAAAUCAGUUUAUACAAAAGACCCAAGUGCCACGGCGAGGGGUAAUACAGCUGGGAUCCCCCGUCCUCGACUGUAAAAGUAACUGACUUCCCUCAGCAGCUACUCGGAAGAACUCAGAGCUCAGAGUGCAACCCGGCUCACGAUGCCUCAUUUUAGGACGUUUAACAUGAAACAGGGGGGUUGGAGGGCAUUUUCAUGAAUAUGCAAAUAUCUGUUAUUUAUCUCUGUAAGUCCAAACAAUACAGUUUUAUCCCAAAUUCCUCUGCGUUUUAUGUUGUCUGCCAAUAAAGAUAAUUGUUACAACCACGGAAA